AUGAAAAUAGUAUUAACUAUUUUAAUUUUAAUUACUUUAUCUUCUUGCUAAAUAUUCACAUACAACGAAUAACUUGCUCAAAAGUUAGCCGCCUUUUCACUUGCAAGUUAUUGUACUUCUAACUAUUUAUCAAAUUGGAAUUGUGGUUUCGCUUGCCAACAAAAUUAGUAAGGGUUACAAAAUCUUUAAAUUUUAACAAACACAACUAGUUAUGCGACUGCCUUGAUUGGCUACUCUCCCGAUCUAAAUGGAAUUGUUAUUUCUUUUAGAGGUACUACCUCAGCUCACAUUCAAACCUAUAUUACAGAUUUAAAGCUUUAUAAAACUUAAUAUCCUCUAUGUAAAAAUUGUUAAGUUCAUGCAGGCUUUUAUAGCUCUUACUAAGAUAUUUAAUAGCAGUUAAUAUCUAGCUUUAAAAACCUUCGUUAAUUAUAUCCAUAAGCUUUGGUCUUUGUGACUGGACACUCACUUGGUGCUGCAUUAGGCGCUUUAUCACUACCAGAUAUUUUUUUGUUAAACAAUAAUUAAAAAAUAAAUGCUUUUUAUAAUUUUGGAAGUCCAAGAGUUGGAAAUUAAGAUUAUGCAAUUUGGUUUAAUACUUAAAAUUUUGCUAACGAAUACGCAAGGGUAACUAAUGGUGCAGAUCCUGUCCCAGAGAACCCUGCUGAAUGGAUUUACUAUCGUCAUUAUAACCAUGAAGUUUACUAUCCAAAUGUAUCUUAAAAUCCAAAUUAAUUUGUUAAAUGCUACUAUGCAGAAGAUAACAAUUGUGAAGACAGAAUUUUCCUUGCUACAAACAUUAAUGACCAUUUAGGAUACUACGGAUGGAAUUGGACAUAAGCUACUUCUGGAUGUGAAUGA